AUGCCCAGCUCAACCAAUACAACGGGUCCUCGGGACAUCAUCACCAGGUUCACCAACUGCCGCCUCCUCCGCCACAACUCCCUCGUUCGGGCAGACCUCUGGGUCUCCUCGCUCACGGGGAAGAUUCUUGAUGGACAAGAUGUCUUCUAUACCGAGCAGCGCCUUCCUGAUGUCGUCGUUGACCUGGGCAACCGCAUCCUCUCUCCUGGCAUGAUUGAUGUCCAAUUAAAUGGCGCGUUCGGAAUUAACUUCUCAGACGUGCCGGAGGAGGAAGGCAGCUUCCCUAAGAAGUUGAAGGAGGUGAAUCGGCAAUUAAUAUCGACGGGCGUGACGAGCUACUUGCCGACGAUGACAAGCCAGAAGAGCGAGGUCUACCAUAAGUUACUACCCCAUCUCGGUCCCUCAGGCAGCGCGCGCGACUCGACCGACGGCUCCGAGUCUCUCGGCGCCCACAUCGAAGGCCCCUUCCUCUCCCCCACUAAGAACGGUAUUCACAACACCGAAGUCCUCAUCUCCGCCCCGAACGGCUUCUCAGACCUCGUCGCCUGCUACGGCAGCGACAACCUCAACAAUGCUAAGAUGAUCACGGCCGCCCCUGAAGAGGGUGUCCAGCAGGCCAUACCCGAAAUCGUCUCCCGCGGCAUCGUCUACUCAAUCGGCCACUCAGAAGCCACCUACGAGCAAGCCAGCGCCGCCGUCGCCUCGGGCGCUACCAUGAUAACCCAUCUCUUCAAUGCCAUGCGUCCCCUCCACCACCGCGACCCAGGCGUCUUCGGCGUCCUCGGCUGCACAGAAGUGACCGCCCCGCGCACCACGCCCCCAACCAGCCGCCCAACCAGCACCUCCUCUUCCUCCAGCUCCAGCACCGACUUCCGCCCGUUCUUUGGCCUGAUCGUCGACGGUCUGCAUUUGCACCCGACUACGGUCAAGAUCGCAUGGAGCGCCCACCCAGACGGAUGCAUCCUCGUCACGGACGCUAUGCACCUCGUCGGUCUCCCGGAUGGGAUGUACACCUGGGGCUCCUCGGGACGCGAACGCAUCGUCAAGACUGGCCCGCGCCUGACGCUCGAGGGCAGCGAUAAGCUCGCCGGCUCCGCGAUUUCGCUGGUGGAGUGUGUGAACAACUUCCUGUUGUGGACAGGGGCCAGUGUGCCGCUGGCGCUGAAGACGGUGACGGAGACGCCGGCGAGGGUGUUGGGGAUGGAGGGGGUGAAGGGGAGCUUGGUUGUUGGGGCGGAUGCGGAUUUGGUGGUGUUUAGUGAGGUUGGUGGGGAGGGGGGUGUGCAGUUGGUGGUGGAUGAGGUGUGGAAGUUUGGGGAGAGGGCGUGGAUUGGGGAGGGGGAGGGGAAGGUGGGGGUUUGA